AUCUUAUUUAUUUAUUGAACAAUGGGACUUUAAACAUAAAGUUUCGUAAUUAUCGUCCGACAAAAUUUUUUAAAUUUUGUUUCGAGUUUCUUAGCUUUUUAUUUUUUUCAAAAUUGAGUAUGUCCGAGAAACCUAAGAAGGAGAUUCCCGGUUACGUCAAGUACAUCAAUGGCGGUCUCGCCGGCAUGUUGGGCACCUGCAUUGUCCAACCGCUGGAUCUGGUCAAGACCCGAAUGCAGAUUUCGGCAACCACUGGAGAGUACAAGUCAUCCAUCGACUGCAUCACCAAAGUACUCAAGUCCGAGGGUGUACUGGCCUUUUACAAUGGAUUGAGUGCCGGGUUGAUGCGACAGGCCACUUAUACGACGGCGCGAAUGGGCUUCUACCAAAUGGAGGUGGAUGCGUACUCCAACGCCUACAAGGACAAGCCGCCAGUCUGGGCUAGCAUGGGCAUGGGAAUCAUGGCCGGGGCAGUUGGCGCCUUGGUGGGUAAUCCGGCAGAGGUGGCUCUAAUCCGUAUGAUGUCUGACAACCGCCUGCCGCCGGCGGAGAGGCGCAAUUACAAGAACGUCGCCGAUGCCUUCAUCCGAAUUGUGAAGGACGAGGGCGUGACUGCUCUGUGGCGAGGAUGCCUUCCCACGGUGGGUCGUGCCAUGGUGGUCAACAUGGUGCAACUGGCCUCCUACUCGCAGCUCAAGAACUACUUCUCGCAGUAUGUGAGCGGCUUGGGUCUGCAUAUCAGUGCCGCCAUGAUGUCCGGUUUGUUGACCACUAUCGCCUCCAUGCCGCUGGAUAUGGCCAAAACUAGAAUUCAGAACCAGAAGACCGCCGAGUAUAAGGGAACAAUGGAUGUUCUUGUGAAAGUGGUCAAAAAUGAGGGUUUCUUCUCACUCUGGAAGGGUUUCGUGCCAUAUCUGUGUCGUUUAGGUCCUCAUACGGUGUUUGCGUUUAUAUUUCUUGAGCAACUCACCAAAGGCUACAAAAAAUACGUUCUGGGUGACACAUCUGAGUCCAAUAUUUGAAGUCGAUCUUACUUUAUAACUAAUCUGAAUUUAAAGUUUUUCCUGAAAUAAAUGUGUGUUAUAAAUGGGCAA